AUGUCGUGGAAGAAGACGGACAGGUUGAUGGACACCAUCAGGCACUACGCCAGUUUCCCGGCAACUGGCGUGAGCUUGAGGCAAAUGGUACAGUUUGGAGAGAGGCCUUCUGUCGGAACCCUCUUCCGUGCCUCACAAUUCCUCGCCGAGGAGCUGCCAAUUCGCCUGGCCCAUCGUGUACAAGAACUCGACGAGCUUCCCGAUGGCCUUAACGACAUGCCCUCCGUGAAGCGUGUGCAGGAUUGGUACGCACAGUCGUUCGAGGAACUCACACAACUCCCGCGACCUGAUCUAGACAGAGCCACCAAGGAAAGGCUGAUGAAGCCGACCAAGUCAUACGGUAAAGGCUCUAUGCUCUCCGAGGCGACGCGGAACCCAAGUAUCGAAGAAGGCCAAUAUGCGUCCCUCCCCCAGUCCAAUGGAAACGGCUGGAGUAAACAGAAGAACAUUGCCGCGCGGAGAUAUUUCGCCAUGGUCGACGACACGGGCGAUUGGCCGGCCGAGCUCCGACUCUACAACGAGCGCUUUGCAAAGGCCCUGCACGGCAUCAAAAGGCGCCACGACGGAGUCGUCACCACCAUGGCGCAGGGUAUCUUGGAGUACAAGCGCAAGAGGCAGCGCAUGCAGAUCGACAACAACAUCCAGUCGUUCCUCGAUCGCUUUUAUAUGUCGCGCAUAGGAAUCCGUAUGCUCAUUGGUCAGCACAUCGCCCUGACCGACCAAAGCCACCACCGCGACCCGUCCUAUGUCGGUAUCAUCUGCACCAAGACCAAUGUCCAGGACCUUGCCCAGGAGGCCAUCGAGAACGCUCGCUUCGUCUGCGAGGAUCAUUACGGGCUUUUCGAAGCACCAAAGAUCCAGCUCGUCUGCAACCCCAACAUCAACUUCAUGUAUGUCCCCGGACAUCUGUCGCACAUGCUGUUUGAGACCCUCAAGAACUCCCUCCGCGCCGUCGUCGAAACACACGGCCAGGACAAGCAGGAGUUCCCUGUGACCAAGGUCAUUGUCGCCGAAGGCAAGGAGGAUAUUACCAUCAAAAUCUCGGACGAGGGUGGCGGCAUCCCCAGAAGCUCGAUCCCCCUUGUCUGGACUUACAUGUACACCACCGUGGACCGGACACCAAAUCUGGACCCGGACUUCGAUAAGAGCGAUUUCAAAGCCCCAAUGGCCGGUUUCGGAUACGGCCUGCCCAUUUCGCGGCUGUAUGCGCGAUACUUUGGCGGCGACUUGAAGCUGAUCAGCAUGGAAGGGUAUACGCUGCAUAAGAGGCUUAAGGAUCGCGAGAUCACAGAGCGUCGGCAGGUGGGAGACGCCCAGGAGAUGAUGAACAGGGGCAACGACCCCAACCCAGGAUAUUACAAGCGCGACAGCGACCUGUAA